AUGGACUGGUUAAAGUGGAGAAAGAUAUGCUUCAUAGAUCAAAUCUUGACUACUCUGGCAAUUUCCAGAGUUGCUUUACUCUUUUCAAUAACUGCAGGUAUAUUUCUAUCUGAACAAUACCCAGACACAAUACUAACUAGGAGAAUUAUGAUACAAAUUUUUAUUUUCUGGACAGUAACCAAUCAUUUCAGUAUCUGGCUUGCUACAUGUCUCAGCAUCUUCUAUUUUCUCAAGAUAGCUAAUUUUUCAAACUCUAUUUUUCUUCAUCUAAAGUGGAGAGUAAAAACAAUAGUUUCAGGGACACUGUUGGCCUCUUUGUUUCUCUUGGUUUUAAACAUUUUAGUUGUAAGCAUACAUAAUGAUCUCCGGAUUGACAGAAUUGAAGCCAAUACAUCCUUCAGAGUUGUCUCAAGAAAUUAUUCUCAAGCUCCAAGGCACAUUAUACACACUAACACUAUGUUCACACUCAUCCCCUUCACCAUGACCCUGACUGUGUUUCUCCUGCUCAUCUUCUCCCUGUGGCGACAUCUGAAGAACAUGCAGUACAAUGCCAAAGGCUCCAGAGAUGUCAGCAAAGCAGCCCACAUAAAGGCCCUGCAAAUGGUGGUCACCUUCCUAUUACUGUACAGUAUUUAUUUUCUGUCAUUUCUUUUGCAGUAUUGUAACAUUAAGCAUGAGCUGAAAAAUUCAGUUUCUCUGCUUUUCUGUGUUACCGAAGUUACCUUCCCUUCAAGCCACUCCUAUUUCUUGAUUCUGGGAAAUACUAAGCUUAGACAGGCAUUUAUAUCCAUGGUGUGGUGGCUGAGGUGCAGGCUCAGUGAUGUGCAGCUCUCAGUUUCCUAA